GGCGUGUUCGCGCUGGGCGCGGCCCCACUGAAGCGGUGGCGGAGGCUCUGGCUGCUGGCGCGAGGCUCAGAUCCUGACUGUCUUGCUGGAGUCCAAGUUCGUCAGAAGCCCGCACCUUGGAGCGGGCCGCGAUGGGGCCGGGUUGAGCCUCCCGCCGCCAAACAAGCAGCGUGGCCACGGAUGGAGGGGCCGGCGGAGCUCAGCCCCGAGGCGGUGCUACGUUUCCUCUCGGAGCGCGGGGGUCGGGCCCGGCACGCCGAGCUAGUGCAGCACUUUAGGGGCGCCCUGGGCGGUGAGCCCGAGCAACGCGCCGCUGCCCGCGCCCGCUUCAAGGAGCUGGUCAACGCCGUAGCCACGGUGCGCACCGACCCUGCCGACGGCUCCAAGUACGUACAUCUCAAGAGGCGGUUCUGCGAGGGCCCACUGCCCCCCGAGGCCGCGCCGCCCCGGGACCUGCCCCGCAUCUCGGUGACCGCAGAGCCAGAGCCCUGCGGCGGCGACCCCGAGGCGCCCGAUGACCCGGCCAAGAGCCGGGAGAGCGGCCUGUGCCCCGAGGCGGUGUCCAUCGUGGCGCCCCCAGGGCCGGGCUGCGAGCUGGGCGAUGGGGAGUCCCCCGCCGCCGCGAUCGGGCCGCCAAGCCUGGCCAGAGACAGUCAGAGAGGGCCGCCUCUGAGCGGCGGGGCCCGGAGGAAGAACUCGCUGCGCGUCGCAGUCGGGGCAUCGGCCGCGGAGCCCAGCGAGGACCUGGAACCCCCGCCCCACGGCUGCGAGGAGGUGGACGGCGGCAGCUCCCCUGGGGGGGCCACCACCCCACGGUCUACUCGCCAGAAUCUCCUGGACCUUGUGAUGGGCAGCUCCCCGCAGCUGAAGAGGAGCGUCUGUCCUGGGGGCAGCAGCCCUGGGUUCUCUGGGGGAGGACGCGGCAGAGGCGGGGGCGACUCGGACAGCGCAUCUGUUGCUUCGUCGUCGGCAGAGGAGGAGAGCAGCAGUGGGAGCUCGGUGACGCUAGACCCUCUGGAGCACGCUUGGAUGCUCACAGCCUCCGAGGGCAAGUGGGACAGCCUAGAAGCGUUGCUCACUUGUGAGCCUGGCCUGCUGGCUAAGCGGGACUUCAUCACCGGCUUCACCUGCCUGCACUGGGCCGCCAAGCACGGCAAGCAAGAGCUCCUGGCCAUGUUGGUGAACUUCGCCAACAAACACCAGCUGCCAGUGAACAUCAACGCCCGGACCAGCGGAGGCUACACCGCCCUUCACUUGGCAGCCAUGCAUGGGCACGUGGAGGUGGUGAAGUUGCUGGUGGGGGCCUACGAUGCAGACGUGGACAUCAGGGACUACAGUGGGAAAAAGGCCUCGCAGUACCUGAAUCAGAGCAUCGCCGAGGAGAUCAAGAACCUGGUGGGAGCCAUGGAUGAGGACGACGCAGAGAGCGCUACCGGCAGCGGGGGUGGGCGCUGGAGGCUGUCAAAGGUGCUCCCUUCGCACCUCAUCACCUACAAAUUCUCCCACAUCCCGGAGGAUGGAGGGGAUCAUCAUCACCACCACCACCACCACCACCACCACCACCACUUGGCUGACGGAUGGGCUGGAGGCAAAGCAAAGGACCCAGGUCGCAAAGCCCCAGGCAGCUCUAGUGGGCGAGUAAAACCCAGACUCAACAAAAUCCGCUUCCGAACCCAGAUCAUCCACACCACACCCUCUUUCAGAGACCGGGAGCAGCCACUGGAGGAGGGGGAGGAGGAAGAAGAAGAGGACCGGUCUCUUAAAGGCCAGUCAUCCUCAUUCAAAUUGAGACCAAAGUCCAAUGUAUUUGGGUAAAAAUAAUUUCUUCUAGAAAAUUCUAAGGUUAAUUUGCCUUCCGAGAUAGAAUACUAGAUGUCGGCAAGAAAGUGAGACCAGAAGAAAUUUAGGCUAAAUUCCCCAUUCUUAAUUGGGGGGUUGGAAUGGGUGGGCAGAAAUUCCCCCUAGCAUUCUGGGUGAGGUGGAUUUCCGAGUGAUUCAUCAAACCUUGCCCUAGGCUUCUUUUCCCCAUGCUAUCCUUCUACCCUGGGGUCCCUUUUUCUAAGGACUAGAAAUGUGUCUAAAUUGGGGGUACAGAAUUGAUGGUUUGAAGGUUCAUUUGAUGUAACUAUUACUGGAUGCCAUGCAAAGUAAGGAAUAUUGCACUUUUAUGUAUCUGUUUUUUAAAGUGGUUACUCUUCCAAGAGCAACAACAAAUGUAGUGAAACUGGUACUAGUAUUUGUAAGUGAACAAAACUACGUUCUGUCCUAUUUUUUUAUUGUUAAUUGUAUUUGGUUUUUAAGAUACUACUGAAGGGCAGGUCAGAAUUGAAAUGCAAAAGCACUAAUUAGAGAAUAAUGUGAAUAAAAAUGGGAAUCCUGUUGGUAUCCUAUUUGUAUUGUAAGUAGUGUUCAACUAUUUUUUAAAAAAGCAAUUUCAGCUCUAAUCACUGAACUAAAGAAAUAGGCAACAUUCACUAAUUGAGUUUCCUCUUAACUAUCUCUAAAACCACUGCACUCAGUAUUAAGGUACAUUAUUAAUAACUACAAAAAUUUCUUAAUUAAACGCUUUUAACAACCUGUGGUACUUUUAAGUAAAAUAUUGCUUCUGGUACUGAUUCUCACUAA